AUGGCGUUGUACUUUGACAAAUUGUUUCAGUCAUUAGGGGAAAAUGCAAACACAAAUUCAACUCUUGCAGGAUAUUUUAUGGCAGCGAACAUUAAAGGCGCUAAUAUUGAAAUGGAUGUAACUUCUUUCGUUUUACUAUUCUAUGGUGCGCACAGAGGUGGUCGAGUCAGCUGCGAUUUCAUCAUGUACAUCCUCUUCAUUGUGAACUCGUGGCUUUCCGUUACUCGUUCCGCCAAUACCAGUUUCAGUUACGAUCGAAACUCGGCUAAUAAGGGUGUGUCGCACUGUGUUUUAGACCGUAUUAAUUCGAAUUUGAACGUUACUGCUGAACAGAAUAAGUAUGCACCGUGGGCGAUUGCUUGUGGAUAUGGCGACAAAAACAAAGUCAAAAAAUCACCAGGGGAAGAAAAACGACGAACUUUCUCAGAACGAAGCUGCGCAAGAACAAAAGGCGUCCUCGAUAACUUCACCUUCUAA